AGUAUACACCUUAGUUUAAGUAAAACCAUACGUAAUUAAAUAUAGUUAUAGCAUUUUUUAAUAAUCUGUCUUGGGACUACUAGGGAACCCACAGCUAGCGAUGAAGCAUAUUACAAGAGCAGAUUUCAUACCAAAAGUGGAAAGCAACCUUACAAAAAGGUUUAUAUUGGGAAUAACAAUGGUUACCGGAUUCAGCCUCAUAAUAUACGGGGGACCCCUCACUAUAAUGCUCAUGAUCACUUUGGUGCAGUUCAAAUGUUUCGAGGAAAUUAUGAAUUUAGCGUACGAAGCGAAAAAAUUACCAAAAGAAUCCAAAUUAAGAAGGAUAAAUAUUUACUUUGUUUUGGUGGGGAAUUAUUUUUUCUAUGGGGAGGUAUCGAAGAUACACUUCAAGGUUUUUGCUGAUACUUUUGCUACCGUGAGGUUCUUAGUGAGUUAUCACAGUUUUAUUUCGUUUUGCGCCUAUUUAUUUGGGUUUAUUUGGUUCGUUACCAAUGUCAAAAAAAAUGAGCUGAGGAAACAGUUCAGCUUAUUUUUCUGGACACAUUUCCUGAUACUUAUAAUCGUGGUACAAGCAAGUUUACUGGUGAAUAUAGUUUUCGAGGGUUUAAUAUGGAAUGUGGUUCCUAUUUCGUUGGUGGUACUCAACGAUAUAUUCGCUUUUAUAUUUGGAAAGCUCUUGGGCAAAACCCCCUUAAUCAAAUUAUCUCCAAAGAAAACUAUGGAGGGUUACAUCUUCGGUGCUUUUGGUACAGUUCUAAUGGGUUUAUUAUUAUCCCAAUUUCUUUGCCAGUUUGACUUCUUCACAUGCCCAAUAGAGUAUAUGAACACUUCAAGCGGUAUAAGUAUGAAUACAAAUUGUAAUUCCACCUACAUUUUUUCACCAAUUGACUUUUAUGGUAUCCACUCCUACCCCUUCGUCUUUCACUCCUUAGUAAUAUCGGUUUUUGCGAGCAUUAUUGCGCCUUUUGGAGGUUUUUGUGCAUCAGGUUUUAAAAGAUCGAUGAAAGUCAAGGAUUUUGGAGAUAUUAUUCCAGGACAUGGUGGUAUGAUGGACAGAAAUGAUUGUCAAUUUCUAAUGGCCACUUUUGUGCAUGUCUACAUUAAUACUUUCAUCAAGAACACCAACUAUAAUGAUAUAAACAAAAUCUUCCAGAAAUUGUUGUAUAUGAAUGAGGAAAGCCAACUCGAGUUUUAUUAUUUAUUAGAAAAUCACAUUCGACACAAUGUAAAUAGUUCCAUAAGUUUUUAAAACAAUUAUAUUUGUAUUAUAUUUUAUAAGACUGACUUUGUAUACGUACUCACAACUUUUUAAUAUACCUACCAUUGUAUAUCUUUGAAUUAUUUUUAUUAGUUUAAAAAAACACAAAACAAUUUAAUUAAAA